UCUGGCUACUGUUGACAGGAUGCGCUCAUCCGCUUGGGCUUCCAUAGCCACCACCGCCCUUGCGGCAUUGGCAAAUGCUGCAACUCCUUCCACGUUGGCGGAGCUUUGCACUGAUUCCAUCGUGAAGGCAGCUCUACCACCCUCUGAAUUCAUCCAAGGCAUAACAAUUGACUCGGACUCUGUGACGACCGAAGUCGUAACGAACAGCAGUUUCUCCAGCGACUUUUACCCAAGCGCCACGAUUGACUAUUGCAACGUCACAUUCGCCUACUCCCACGAUGGCAUUGACGGUGACCAAGUUCUUUUGGAAAUCUGGCUCCCCGCACCCACAGAUUUCAAAAACCGCUGGCUCUCCACUGGCGGAGGUGGUUAUGCCAUCAACUCCGGAGACCAAUCGUUGCCAGGUGGUGUCAUGUAUGGGGCCGCGUCAGGUAUGACAGAUGGCGGUUUUGGAGGAUUCUCAAACAAUGCGGACACGGCUAUGCUGUUGGCGAAUGGUACACUCAACUACGAGACGCUUUACAUGUUUGCAUACAAGGCGCAUCGGGAGCUUAGCUUGCUUGGAAAGGCCCUGACCCGCAAUGUUUACGGGAUGAGCGACAGCGAUAAGCUGUAUGCGUACUAUCAAGGCUGCUCUGAAGGAGGCCGCGAAGGUUGGAGUCAAGUGCAGCGAUUCGGCGAUGAAUGGGAUGGAGCCAUCAUUGGCGCUCCAGCAUUCCGCUGGUCUUUCCAACAGACGCAACAUCUGUAUUCCAACGUCGUCGAGAAGACACUGUAUUACUACCCACCCCCUUGUGAGCUGGACAAGAUCGUCAACGAGACCAUCGCUGCCUGUGAUGCCAUGGACGGAAAGGCAGAUUGGGUAGUUGCACGGACCGAUCUCUGCUUGCUCGACUUUGACAUUAGUACAAUCGAGGGUAAGCCCUACUCGUGCGCUGCAUCGAGGGGCACCCCUGCACAGAAUGGCACGGUCUCCGCCAAGGGUAUCGAAGUCGCGAAAACCAUCAUCAAUGGAUUGCAUGACUCCCAGGGUCGCCGUGUCUACUUUUCCUACCAGCCGACAGCCGCCUUCGAUGACGCCGAGACGCAGUACAACUCCACAACAGGCCAAUGGGGGCUGGAUAUCGAUCAGCUCGGAGGCGAAUACGUUGCUCUCCUGGUAGACAAGAAUGGCACUACACUGGACAGUCUGGAUGGAAUUACCUAUGACACUCUCAAGGACUGGAUGAUCUCCGGCUUGCAGGAAUACUACAGCACCUUGCAGACCACAUGGCCGGACCUCACGCCCUUCCACAAUGCUGGAGGUAAAGUCAUCCAUUACCAUGGUGAUGCCGACUUCAGUAUUCCCACCGCCGCAUCCAUCCGGUAUUGGGAAUCAGUACGCAGCAUUAUGUACCCUAAUCAGGACUAUAACUCCAGUGCCGAGGCGCUCAACGAGUGGUACCGUUUAUACACCGUCCCAGGAGCGGGUCAUUGUGCGACUAAUGAUGCUAUGCCCAACGGCCCCUUCCCACAGACUAACAUGGCUGUGAUGAUCGACUGGGUGGAGAAUGGAGUAGUGCCUACAACGCUUAAUGCGACCGUGCUCCAGGGAGAGAAUGAAGGACAGAACCAGCAGCUCUGUGCUUGGCCACUGCGACCCUUGUGGACCAACAAUGGCACCACCAUGGAGUGCGUGUAUAACCAGCGUUCAAUUGACAGCUGGCAUUAUGACUUGGAUGCGGUUCCCAUGCCUGUGUACUAG